ACCCUGCCAUGCUCAAUUGACGCCCCUCGCCGUCUACCAAACCACCGGAUGACAAGUCUCCACACUCUUUACGCACGGAGAGCGCACGGAGAGUUUGCUAGCACGCAUGGGGGGGUCCCUCCCUUUCAGGCUGUCCGUGGCCUCCUCGCCCCGGCGGGCAGCUCCAAGACUCUGCCAAACCUUCCUGAUCCCCCAUUUCCCUCUCUCUACCUUUCCUCUGAAGAAACAGCGUUACGUCAGAAAGUGCAGGGCAAGCAAGACAGCGUCUUAGGAGCUAUUCGUAGGCAUUGCUGCCAAACCCGGCUUGGGGCUGCUCACGAGCUCACUGCAAUCAAUGCAAUUUACAAUUCCAACUCUUUUAAAACAGCAGCAGUAUGUGGUAAGUCAAUUAUUCAUUCAUACUGUUUUAUUUUCCCGCUGGGAUUUUUUUUUUCCUCAAAGCUUUCUUCACAUGACAGGUCUCUGUUGCUGGCACAGUUGCGCAAAAAAAAACCCAGCAGUGUAAACGGUGUAAAGAUAAAAAACAGUAGGCUGGUUUACCCUGUAGCCUCACUGAAAACACCAUGACAUGAUGAAGCAACAGAGAUUUUUGACGCACAGAGAUUUCUGCAGCAGUUUUUGUGUUUGAUUCUUUGCUGAUCUCAAAAACAACAUGCCCCACGCUCGAAAUAGGAACCCUAGCCCCAUCCCAGAGGUAACAUGGGACACGGGAUUGAAGGAGAUGAACGAGACCUGGAAAGGAGCUAUCGCCUGUCUCGGGGUGGCCGUCUUCUUCGUAAUGACCAUCGGGAUCAUAUACUGGCAAGUGGUGGACCAGCCCAACAAGAACUGGAUCCUCAGGGGGACUUUUAGCGGACUGAUAUGGGAGAGAAGAACCCACUCGCUGGUGAUACAGACCCUGACGGAGGACAAGACCUAUGUGGAGAUAGAUGUCGGGAACGUGGGGAACCCCGACAUCGAGGUUCCCUUCGUGAGGAACCUGUGCUGGCUGAAUAAGACAGAGUUCUGCUAUACGUGGGACUCGGUGGCCGAGGUGAAGAUCUCGCUGGAGGUGAAUGAGGAGACGGAGACGGAGUGCUACAGUAUGACUUGGGCGCCGGUGCACUGUCAUGUGGAGCUGAAGGACUGCUUCUCCAUGACCAAUGUGUCCUGGUACGGCGGAGCCAGUGUCCAGGGUCAGACAUGGCCGAUCAACGAUCAAAAUGCCACCAUGCAGCCCUUCAUCGUCAGUGAUCUGAAGGACAAUCCCUCCGGCUUCGGCUCUGCCCUGGAACGCUACUUCCUGGGCUCGUCAGGUGUUGCAGUUCUUGUAUCUCCUGAUAUCCCCCUGCAGCUCGGCUUGGACAGCAGACAGCAGUUCUGCCUGCAGUCACUGCCCAGCAUGGAGCGUGUCCCUCUACAGUACACUGUGUGUGUGGCCCACAACGUGAAAGCCGCUCACCAGGAAGCCAUGCGACAACUCUCCCAGCCCAGCAGGCGGCUGCCCAACAUGAAAGCGCUGUGGCUGCCGUUCUGGAAGCUGCUUACCAACGUGGAUUCGGGCCCGAAGGUGGAGAGGGAGCUGAGGACCUUCUCUAAUCGUCUGAGGAGACACCAGCUGGGGGAGGGAGUCAUCAGCCUCAACGAACAUUCCACCACCCUCCUCUCUGAUAUGGACCAUGAUUACCUCAACAUCAGGAAAAGGGGGAUGUCCAAGAGACUGACCAGGGACCUCCCACUUGUCAAGCUUCUUAACAUUUCCAUCACCCUAUCCCCUUUCCUGGGCGUGGACACCACGCAGUUCCACACCUCCCUCAUGGACGGCACCGAGGCCUACUGGCUCAGUCUCCCCUCAGCCCCCCAGGGACAGCUGGUCCCUGUGAUGAGUCAGUGGCGAGGAAAGUUCUGUGUAAAGCUGAACAUCACCAACCCAGGAGCAGUGAGCUGGUUCCUGGACAGAGUGGGAUCCCUGCAGGCCCAUUUGGGGAUGGAGUACAUCUUGCUGGAGGGGGGCGAGGGAAAUGUGUUUGAGGAGCAGGCCCUGCGGCCACCACAGGCUCUGGGUGGAGACAAGUACAUCAGCCUGCUGGCUGACCUGGCCACGAGGAUAGGAGACUCUACCAUCAUGACAGCAGGGACGCGGUCGAGCCACAAGCCACUGUUUGUGAGGAUGACCCCCUUGCAGUCCGACUGGAGCCUGAUGGGCCUGAAGGGCAUCAUUCCCUCCCUGCUGCACCAUAGCCUGCUGGGAUACAACUUCCUCAUUCCUGAUGCAGUAGGUGGCUCUCUGUCUGGAGACCUGGUCACAGAUGAGGAGUUGUUCAUCCGUUGGUUGGAAAUCGUAGCCUUUCUCCCUGUUAUCAGCUUCCACACACCGCCCUGGGUCUGCGGAGAGGACCGGGUGCUGAACCUAACUCAGACCUACAUUGCAAAGCACCAGAGGGAUGUGGUCCCGCUGAUAGAGAAGUAUGCGGAAGAGUGGCUGAUGACGGGAAACCCCAUCUACAGGCCGAUGUGGUGGCUCAGUCCCAGUGACCCCAUGACCUUCACCAUCGAUGACCAGUUCCUCAUCGGAGACAAGGUCCUGGUGGCACCGGUGGUGGAGAAGGGGGCAGUGCAAAGGGAUAUUUAUUUGCCUGACGGGGGCUUCCAGUGGCAGGACAGCCAGAACGCUCAGGUGUUCGAUGGGGGGACGUUCCUACAGGACUACCCUGUGCCCUUGGAGGAGGUGGCCGUUUUCUUACAGAGAAGCUGAGUCAUGUCGAUGAUCCACUGAGUCACCUGACUUAUCUUGUUACUGUUCUGAAUCAAAUUCUUUUUUUUUCUUUUUUUUAAAUACUUGUGCUGUUCUCAACUUGCACUUUUCCACUAAAGACCAUUGACCCUGUCUCAAGACUCUGUCCUGAGAUGAUACGUAGAAAGAUUUUUUUUUAUACUUGCACUUUACAGUUCAAAAUUAUUUGUAUUUUUUUUUCCUUUGUGACAAUUUUUUCUUCCUUUUUUAAAGAUGUUAAUUGGUUUUACCUCUCGGCUGAUUUGUUUCUGGACUUUUUUCUGCCUUUUUUUUGUGUGUGUGUGUGUUUGUAUGUAACUUCCAGAGAAAUCUGUGUGUUUACAUACUGCAUUUCUACAGUCUUUAAGUUUUUAGUUGCUGCUGGCUCUCUUGAUAAGGAGGAACAAAGCAAGCGCCUUGUUUGCUUAAAAAGAAUCUGAAUCUCUCAAGAAGACCAAAUGAAGAUAAAGAAAGAAAAAGGACGAUGUUUGAAAGGGCUUUUUCAAGGGGAAACGCUUAUUGGGAUGAAAGUAGCUCACAGAGACCUUGGUACAAAAACCGAUGCACCGUGGUACCGUAUGUCUUGCUCUCUCAUCGGAAAGGCCUUUACUUGAACUUAUCAGGCCGAAGGGCCGAUGUUUUAUGAAUGUACCUCAAGUUACGGUUUUUCACUGCUUUGCAGAGUCAUCGGACACAACAACCUUAUCACCCCUUAGCACUUAUACUUAGAAUAGUUUAACUUCAAUUAACAAUCAACAUACCACUCUGUCGGACACAUCUGAAUGUCCUUUAGUACUGUAGGCCGCAUGAACUUGAGGCCAAGCCACUGUCAUUGUAACUCUGACUAUAUUUGAAUUUAGAUCAGAUUUAACCUACUUACUAACCUGCUGUAGGGCUUUUAAGUGAGCUGCUCAUUUUUUUUUUUUUUAACUAACUCUGUCUGAUGUUGUGUUGAUAUGCUCUUUAAUGAGUGCCAAAUGAAGUGCUAAAGAAAGCCUUGGUGACAACACCACAGAAGUGGAAAGGAUAUUGUAAAUAAAUAGUUCGACACUUUGGAAAAUAGAUUUAUUCGCUGUCUUGCAGAGAGUAAGAUGAGAAGAACGAUAACACCUCCGUGUCUGUACAGUGAAUACGAAGCUAGCUUAGCUUAAUGUAAAGACUGGAAAAAGGGGAAACAGUCGGCCUGGUCCAAAUCUAACAAAGUCAGACUAACAGCACCUCCGAGGCCCACUAACCUUAUAUCUGCUUUAUUUAAUCUGUACAAAAACCAAAGUUAAAAAAAAAAAAAAAAAAAAUGGUGGUUUUAUGUGCUAAUUUAUGCUAAGCUAAGACAGCUGUCGCCUGUCUGUAGACGUACUACUUAACAGGCAUAUAUGACAGUGGUAUCAAACUUCUCAUCGAACUCUCUGCAAAAAAAGCGAAUCAGCGUAUUUCCAAAAUGCUGAACUCUCCCUCUAGUAGGACAACAUGGGGGAAAGACCCCAAAAUACAUCAAUAUGUAAUGCUCUCAUAUGUAAGAAAUGUCUAUUGCAGCCAUCUUUGAUUUACCGUGAAUUGUUGAAACCAUUACCUGAUGUUUAAUGUCCCAGAGGUGCAGUGGCCACUUGACAUAAACCUUCAUGAGUACGGUAAUUACAUUGCUGCCCUCAUAUGAACCUUCAUACUCUUUGUACUGUCCUUGCAAUCACGUUCACUUCUAUGGCUUGUUUUAGUUCAGUCGCAUUAUUUAUGUAAGAGAACGUUUCACUUGGUGUGAACCCUAACUAAAUGAUCUAAGCAAGAUGAAGAAGAUGUAAAUGAGAUAACUGAUUUUCUUUUGUGAUUAUAUUCAGAAUCGGCCCAUGGAGAAAUUGAACAACCUUUGCACCAUGAUACAUUGCUCUGUGUACAGUUAGUUGACAGUGCUCUUUGGCAGUGCUUUUCUGUAUUGAUUUGUUCUUCACAAGACGAUCUUAACUGGCCAGCAGUGAUGAUUCAGACUCUGGAACCUUAUCAUUUAGUGAAUGCUUUAUCACUAAACUGACUGUGUAACUUUGAUCUAACAAGUUUACUGUAUCAACUCCAACACUCAGGUCUACUGAAGCUUAUCAAAAUCACCAAAUGUCUUAGUACAACGCAGUAUGUUGUGAACACAUCAACGUCUUAAUCUCUCCUAGAGCUGAAUGUACAAUGGACAAACUGUGAUUUCCCAACCGAGCCCUUUCAUGUGAGGAGCUUUUCUAGUUCCCGUUCUAAUGCUUUUAUGGAAUGCUGUGGUAUGUUCUUGUAUAAGUUGCAGGAAAAGCUUUGAUGUGUUAUUCCUUCCCUCUACAGACUGAGCGAACAUGCUGCCAUGUGCCUUAAUUAAUAUGCCACUCUUAAAUCUGGACAGCGCAAGUGUCUGGAUUAUUGCAGUAUCAGCAAUGUACAUAUUACGAUGACUGUGCCAUUACAUUUUUUCUCUUCUGUAAAUCAGAGAACUUAGAAUGACAAAGUUGCAAUAAAGUUUACAUUUUCUUACUUCA